AUGAGAAUGUUCCCCUCAAGGUUAUUUCUCUGCUGUCUGCUGGGAAGUGCUUCCCUAGUGUAUGGGCAGCCUCUGACUGGACUGGCAGCAUCCAAUGAAUUCGGUGAUGGCACUGACCACACUGGAGAGAUCAUCUCAUUCUCUGAUGUUGGAUCAGGAGCUAAUGGUGUACCACGCCCCUGGUUUUGCUUCACCGUAGACACUGAUAGUGUAUUGUGGCUGUUCCCCAAUGGGAGUGCAUUGCAAUUUGAAAGUAGAUUGUUGGCAGUUCAGGACGAAGUGUUCAUCAGAGAUGUUCCUAAUUAUGGCGUUGCUCUGUAUCGUGGUCUCACACACUUCAGUCCUGAUGGAGAACAUUGCUGUGUGAGGACUGCCACCAAUGAGAGGAGAUGUGUCACCUUCACUCCCUGCCCCACACUGAGUCCCCUGUCUAAUGGAACGAUCUCAUACGAUGCAGACACCAACAUGGCCACCUACACCUGUGACCCUGGGUACGCUGUGACGACCAUCUCAUUCAUCACCUGUAAUGAUGUCACAAUGCAGUGGAGUAGCACUGUGAGACCCACUUGUGAACUCAGCACCACUACCUGCUCUGACUUGCCUGCUCCAACCAAUGGAAUGAUUGGCUAUAAUGCAGAGACCAUGAAUACUAGACCAGUGAACACCGUGGCCACCUUCACAUGUAACACUGGAUACACUGUGACUGGUGAUAUGACCAGGACUUGUGGGGCUGGUGGAGUGUGGAGUGGGACUAAUCCAACGUGUACUCGUAAGUUACUCACAUUCUCUUGUUUUUAAAGCUUAUUAUUAUACACUCGGGUCUUGCGUAGCCGCACGAGGGAUACGGUAAAGCUGACUGUGUGUGUGUGUGUGUGUGUGUGUGUGUGUGUGUGUGUGUCUGUCUGUGUGUGUGUCUGUUCCAGCUGUAACUGCUCAACGGUUGCAAUGCGACGAAAGCUAACAGCUUCUAUAGGCUUCUAGCCACGUUCUCUUGGAUUUUGAUUCGUGGAUUAGCAAACUAAAGCUUCUUUCUCGAGUUAUGGCUAGUUUGACUCACAUUGAAGUCUGUUGCAGUCUCUUCAGAAUCUUUCAUAGCAUCAUCUGUCCGCACAAACUUUCUAUUCAACAUAUGAGUUAGCCUUGCACUAAAGCGCUAGCUUUUUGUUAGCUACAAUACUCAGAAAAUAUCUGUUAAAACAGCUAGCUAGCAGCAGCCAUUAAUUUUGUGAAAAUUGAUCUCUUUGGACACACCCUUUAAUUAUUCCUGUGGAUGUAAUGCGCAUGCGCGCUCAUUCCCCAUGUGGGAGAAAUAAUAUCCUAGCCUCGAUCCCAGGCCGAGUUUUCGCUUUUAUAACGGUUAGGCGAACAACUGGGCCUGGUACUAGUUGUCUGCGCAUGCGUCAGUCGUUCGUCAGAUUCUGACGAAUGGAUAUUCUCGUUCACUUUCGUGACAUUUAUAUUCGUGUACUAUCGUGUACUAGAAGUCAGUUCCCGUUUUAUCAUUAUUGGAAUCGAUUGGAAUGGCUCUUAGUUGAAGCUUCUCUCUUCUCUGAAGCUUAUUCUGAAGACUGAACAACAAGGGAAGAGGUAUAAAGCUUUGUCAAGCUUGUUAAGGUCAGAUAUUUUUGUGUGGGCCCUAUGGCUAUGCUAUCAAGUGUUGUUCAUGUUUGGCAAGAUCUACCGGUACGUAGGUAGACUAUAUAUAGUUUCAUCAUUAAUAUGGUGGAUCAAGUGAAGAGUGUGAGCUAGAGAACUUGGUGCUGCCAUCAUCAGCUCGUCGACAAUGACACUAUAACCGAGAAAUUUAAUAUGUAUAGAUCUACACAUAAUUAUUUAAAAUGUCUACUUCUCU